ACUCCGUGAGCCACGUAAAAGGCGAUGGUGGAGGAGAGGCUGCCCUCUUUCUAGCCACAUUCUCCAUGGCUGCCAAGAGCGGCAGCGAAUUGGAGGCGCCACUGCUCGAUCGCAGCUCCUCUCCUCCUCCCAGCAGCAAUGGCGCGGCCGCGAGGAAGAUUACGGCAUGGAUGCUGCGCGCGCUCAUGUGGAUCGUGUUCCUGGCGUGGAUUUUGGUGCUUCUCGCGUUCCCGAAGAUCAAGCUAGGGCCAGGGAGCUCCUCGUCGCAGUCUCUUGGCACGGGCAUUGUGUUGCUACUGUUUGCUGCUCCAGUUCUUUCGCUGGCGCUCUUGGCGACAAUCUAUUUGGAGAUUAGAAUCAAACCAGUCUCCACGACCAAGAAGAGCCAGCCAGCGAUUUCUCUAUGGACUUGUCCUUGUCUCGUUGAUGGACUGCUGGGUGUAGUCUCUGCUGCCGAAGUUCUUCUUAUCGUUGCUUUCGUUGGCUACCUGGUGUGGUGCUUGACGAUUUACGUGAUCAACGAUAGUGAUCUCGUCCAACGAUUCAUGAAAUUUCCUGCCAUCCGAGAGAAGUUCCUACCAUGGGAGCUGUGGACGUACGUCAUUGGACUCCGGUUUGGAUUUCUUGGUCUUUUCUGUCUGGGCUUCUUGCUCCUUCCGGUUGCGAGAGGCUCCCCGUUGCUUCGGCUGAUAGACAUCCCUUUUGAGCACGCUGUGAAGUAUCACGUCUGGCUCGGACACCUUACCAUGGCGAUAUUUACCAUUCACGGUCUUUGUUAUGUCGUGGUUUGGACAGUUCAAGGUCGAUUGGAAGAGCUUCUAGCAUGGCAAAGAAUUGGAGUUGCGAACUUGCCAGGGGAGAUAUCUCUUGUGGCUGGGUUACUUCUCUGGAUGACGUCUUUUGGCUACAUCCGGCAGGCCUUCUUUGAGCUUUUCUUUUACACACACCAGCUCUACGUGGUGUUUUUCGUCUUCAUGGCCUUCCACAUUGGCGACUUGUCGUUCUGCAUUUCCAUGGCGGGUUUCUUUCUAUUUAUGCUCGACCGGUUUCUGAGAUUCUGUCAGUCACGAAGGUCAGUAGAUCUGUUAGUAUCCAGGGUACUACCAUGCGGUACCAUUGAGGUUGCGCUCUCGAAACCUCAAGAUCUCAACUACAAUGCACUCAGCUUUAUAUUUCUGAGCUUUCCUAAAAUCUCUUUUCUCCAGUGGCAUCCCUUUAGCGUUUCAUCUAGUCCAUAUGAUGCUCGAGACAACAUGUCUUUCCUCAUCAAACCUCUUGGUUCCUGGACUGGCGAGUUGCAAAAGCUUAUCAAGGAGUCUACGAACAAAAGAAAUGCCUGCCCGGUGCUUGGUGUCGAAGGUCCAUAUGGACACGAGUCUGACUACUACCUCAAGUAUGAAGCAUUGGUCCUGGUAGCCGGCGGAAUAGGAGUCUCACCUUUCAUAGCAAUCUUAAGAGAUAUUUUGCACCGUUACAACAUGAACCACGGCAAUCUUCCGAAAGAGGUGACGCUUAUAUGGGCAGUAAAAUACUCCAAGGAACUCGGUAUCAUCAAUUUGGUCCAGCCGGAGUUUAUUUUCCCCGACUAUGCUUCCAGGCUCAAACUCACUAUCCAGGCUUUUGUAACUAGAGAAAUCCAGCCAGACAUCGAGGAAGCUACGCCACUCCCAGAACAUAUCUUGAGCUUCGCAAAGAAACCAGACAGCAAACCAGUCUCCACUCUGGUUGGAACUUACAGCAACCUUUGGAUGGGAGUCUACAUCGCUGUCUCGACUGCCGGUUUUUUUCUCACUCAAACUAUUAUGGAGAAGUUUUUCCUUGGACCCAUGACGGUGCCCACCGAGGGAGGUAGCAGUGGCGGCUCUGUCUCGUGGACAGUGAGAGCGGCAGCUCUCCUCUUAAGUAUGACGUGCGGAGUCGUAGUAGUUGGAGGCUUGGCCAUCGCCUUGUGGGACUGGAUCGAACGCUCUCGAAAGGGACGAAAGUCCGGUUGCCAGGAAAGUAUUAUUGGAGCUACCGGUGCCGGGGACAAAGUUGGAGUGGCAGGCUGUCAGCAGCACAGUCUCGUUGGGCCGUGGAACACCGUCUAUGGAAACCGGCCUGAGCUUAAAGAAAUCUUUGCCGGUUUCACGAAGAAGUGGUCGGGGAUCAACGUGGGGGUCCUCGUGUGUGGGCCUUCCACUCUCCAGACAAGCGUUGCGGAAGAAUGCAGAGCAAACAACCUUAAGUUUGGAUCCGUGGCUUUCCAUUACCAUUCCGUAAGCUUUGAUCUUUAGAGAUAUGAUCAGUGAGCUUGAAAAAGCUCACUUGAAUCAUCAAAGAGCACUGCUGAUCUUUACAGCUAUGUAUAUAUUUUGUAACUAUGUUCUAGAGGAAAAACUAUAAAUGUGACGUAAGUAGAUCGUGAGUAAAA